CCCCCCCCCCCCCCCCCCGCAGCCCACCUUCCCUCUUGGCUACUGUAACUGUAAAUAGCAACCUUUGGAAAACGUUAGCAGUGUAACAGUCCAGGAAACUGUUUUUUUUGUUGUCGUUGUAUUGAUAUGAAAUGAGAUUCUAUUUUUGUCAAAGUAUAUUGUAAUAAUAAUGACUCAAGCGGCCCGUACUGUACAGAUGAGACUCUUCUGCUGUUGUUCUUGCUCCCCGCCCCGCCCCUUUCUGCUGGGACCUCAGGCUGGACCCCAGAUCAGACGGGAGGGGGCAGGCCCCCAGCCUGCCAUCCAGAGGGGGCUGGCCCGAGUGGGCAGGUGGCGUGUGCAGGCGGACAGGGGGUCUGCCCCGGUCCUUCACCUGCACCCAGCUCCUCUACCCCAGGGGCGCACCGCUCCCUGGGGGUGUCACCCCAGUAGGACAGUAGACAGUAGACAAGGCCCAGCUUUGCGGUCCUGCCUCUGUGACCCAGCCGCUUGCAGUAUUCCGACACUUGACGCAGGGAGGGAACCAGAAGCAGGGGCGUAUGUGACCACACAUGUACCUGAGCGUGUCCGUGAGGGCAUCCGGUAUCCGUGUGUGUAUGGUGGCGUGGACGUACUGGUGUGUGUCUCUGAGCCCAUCUGGGCCUAUCCACAGAUCUGUGUGAAUCGAGCUCCAAGGGCAUGUCCGUGUGUGCACGUGCCUGGUGUUUGCGGAGGGACAGUUGCCGCUGGGCUGCACAGCCCUGGCUCUCAGCUCCACGCCCCUCCCGCUUGGCCCCUGCCCCAGUCCCCCCUCCGCUUUGACAGGUUUGGACCACAGUUAGGGGAGGAUCUGGCAGCUGCCCCCUUCGCCUCUCCCUGGGGCCCUGCUUCUCCUGGGCUCCACGCACAAGUGGCCACCCGGUCCCUGGUCCUUUGCACACACACGCAGCUGCCCUUCCUGCUCGUCCCCCACCCCAGUCCUGCUUUCAGGGUGACACUCAUGAUCCUCUUCCUUCUUGAAGCUUCUUCUUUGGGCCGUGAUCCUUCCUUACUCAGAGUUCAAGCCCCACCUGCUGAUUGGGCACACGGCAUGUCCCAACCUACUCCGUGGGUUCCUAGAGGGAGUUUGAAGAGUCGACAAGACUUGAUCAGGGCCUCAAAGUACACCAGGGUAUAGGCUUGCGCAUGCACGCGUCCCCAGAGCCUUGCCCGGUGUCUGGCACAUAGUUGGUGCACAGUAAAUGCCGAAUGGGUGAGCGAUAGGUGCUCAAUAAAACUCAAGUGACUGGCUUUCCCUUCUCAGGCUGUUCCUGGCAGCAGUCCGCCCACCUUUGGAAGCUGGGCUUGGCCGCCACUAGACACACGGUGGGGACGAGAGCCCCUGCGGUUCACGGUGCAAUAUUCACCAGUUUUGCCCUCUGCCUUGUAAUGGCAAACCUGGCUUUUGAUUACCGUGUGUGUGUGUGUGUGUGUGUGUGUGUGUGUGUGUGUGUGUGUGUCUUUCCUCUCUCUCUCUGGGGCAGGGGGUGGGUCUGUGAAUGAAUAUGUGACAUUUCUGCAAUUCAGUAUCCCAAGGUUUCUCUUGGGGGUAGGGGCUCCUGGCUGGCCAGACGCAUGGGUCCCUGGGAACCCAGACCUCAAGGGGGGGGGGGGGCUUCAUUUCUUCCUCUCGCAAAGCCAAAUUUGCCUCCACCUACUCCUUCCUCCGAAGAACUGGGCGUUUGCCAAAGUAAUCACUGGAGUCAUCCCGUGCCCCUCCCUCCCCCAGCCUUCCCACAGCUUCCAGGGACAGUGGGCAAGAGGACCCUCCCAUUCCACUGGGACGCACCGUUCCUCCCCUCCCCAGCAGUGCCCUCAAUGCAGCAAGACUGACCCCUGACCUUUACCCAGCCCUCCCCACCUUGGACAGGAAGGAAUUAAUGCACCUUCUCUUGAUGAUUAUUUAUUUGUUUGGAGAGACAGAAAUGAUGUAAAAGUGUAUCUAGAAAUAUCUAUAUCUAUAUAUUUUUAACUGACUCUUUGGAAUCCCCUGGGGUGGGGUGGGGGUGAAUUUAGGCUUUCGUAGAGGAGAGGAGACCUGGAGCCUGGGAACUCUUGUGCUCUCCUCUGCCACCUCUGUCCACCCCCUAAGCGAUGGUGGAAGCCGUGGUGGGAUUUGUGUGGGGGCAGGGGCUCGAAUGUUCUAUGGAGAAUCUGGAUUCUCUUUGUCUUCCCCAUUCAAGUCCCAAAGGGAAGGGGGAGAGGGAGGGAGGCAUGGAGCUGCCCCCCCCGAAACCCGACAAUCACCCACACUCCUGGGGCUGCUCCUGGGUCCUGGGCAGGGCGAGUCCAAGUGUGUGGCUGUUGAUUUGUUUUCAAUAUUUCUUUCCGUGCUGUAUGGUGAUGCUUUCUUAGUAUUCUACACAAUAAGAAGACAAAGUCCUCGGGAUUCUUAUGAGUUUUGUUUGAAAACUCUUUCACUAUAUUUGUUGUAAAGAGGUUUACUAUUAAAAAGAAUACACGUUUCUGAUA